AUGAAAGCCGAGUUCAUCAAGUUUGCCGAAUUCACCGGAAAAUCCACUUCCACAUUCUCGAAUGCCAAGUAUGAGGGAACUGGAGACUACCUUAUCAUCACUGCUGACUUCACUUCGGAAACUGAAAAAGCUGGAACUGUCAAGGGAAAAUUCGUACAAAUCUGGAAGAAAGAAGGGGAUCGACACUUGAUCUACCAUGAUGAGUAUGAAGUUCUAGCCUAG